AUGCAUCUUGUCCAUGUUGCUGCUUUUGCCUGCGCUGUAAUCAGUGCCAGCGCAUUCGAAUUCCCUGACUUUGUCCCUCUGCACCGGCGCCAGGAUCCCGGCACUCCUGCGUACGAAUGCCAUGCCAACUGCGGUGGCAUAAUUACCGCCAGUCGUACUGACGGAUACUGUGAUGCCAAUGACUUUAAGACCGAGUUGACCGAUUGUUUGAACUGUGCCGUUGAAUUCGACAUUUGGAAGUAUUACGGCGGCUCUGUGUCCAAGGCUGCCACUGCUUGUGGAUUGGAUGCCACCCCGGUCGAAGCGUCUUCCACCUCGACCAAAGCGUCCUCUACGUCAACUGAAGCAUCUGCUACCUCAACCGAAGAGUCUUCUACUGCUACUGAGGAGAGCGUCAAUUCCGUGGCAACUGAUCCGGUGACCUCUACUGGUACUACGGUCGCUUCAACUUCCGUGAGCCCCCCGCGUGUUUCUGGUUCUUCUCGCCCAUCGUCAUUGAUUCCUUCGGCAACACCUGCUGGAAGCUCGACUGCUAGCACCCCUUCCUCCUCUCCCGUCUACACUGGUGGUGCUACGAUUAAUGCGGGUAGUGGACUGGUAUCUGGCGCUUUUGCUGGUUGUCUUAUUGCAGUCUUUAUGUAA